UGUCUACAGGACUUUAUGAGGAGCUCGGAAUCUCCAAGGAUGCUUCACCCGAAGAAGGCCGCAAAGCCUACAAGAAGAAGGCGCUCUUGACGCAUCCUGAUCGUCUUCCGCCAGGCGCGACUGCUGCCGAGAAGUCCGAAGCAGAGGAAAAAUUCAGACGGGUCAACAAUGCAUAUGAAGUUCUUACCGACCCAAAGAAGCGUAGCGAAUACGACAUUCAUGGCGUCUGGCCACCUCCGGAGCAAACUGUUCCGCCGAUGUCCCAUACGGCCAACGGAAGCCACUUCAGGUCCUACGGUCAAGAUCGACGUCCUUCACGCAGCCAGACAUUCCCAGACCCGUUCUUCUCGCAUCACCAUGACCCCUUCCAUGCCUUCCAAUUCUCGGAUCCAUUUGUUCUGUUUAACUCGAUCUUCGAGGGCACUCCCUUCUCAUCUCAUCGCAGGUAUCACUCUUAUAGCCGCUCCACGGACCCAUUCGAGCAUCUUUAUCAGCUUCAGAACGAAAUCGAGGAUUUCAUAAAUGCUCUUGACCGAGACCCGUUUGUUGGCAUGGGAAGCGGCUUUGGGCGAUCUGGCUUCAUGUUACCGCUGUCCGUGUUCCCGAUGUUCCCCGCGAUCGAAUCCUCUCACUUCAGCGACCGCGGCCAUUUCACUUCUGAAAGCUACAUGACCUCUACUGUGAACGGCGUCACUCAGACCAUCCACAAACGCAUCGAUUCGGAGGGUAACGAGCAUAUUACGCGAACCAUACCCGAUGGUCGCCAAAUCCGCACUAUCAACGGCGUAGAGCAACAGCAGCAGCCUCGUGGUCAUGUUUCGUACAUGGACACCUCCAAGACCAGGCGCUCGCCAGACUCCUCGGCGAAUCGCUACCUUACUGCACCACCUCCGCGCUCCCAGACCAUGCAAGUGGCAAGCACUUCGAGGAUGGACUACGGAAACCCUCCUCCGCCACCGUAUCUUGGUCCUCCUCCCAUGAUCCCUAACUACCGUGCUCCAACAGGACAAGCUGAUAGCCACCGUCGUUCUAGGAGGGCAUCAGAGAAAUGCAACUACUCGCCCAAUCCCAGCCCUGAUCACAACAUGCACGAUCGUGGUGUGCAGGAUGAAAGACACCACAAGAAGUGGUGGUCAAGGGGACAUUAGA